CUUUCUGAAAUCGAAUUCGGGGGCGGGGUUCAUUCGAGAGCAUAAAAAAGCCCUAGAUCAUCGUCUCUUCCUCCUCCUCCACGCGAUCUUCCGCCUCCAUCCUCCGCGAAGGGUUGUUUUGUUGAUACUCGCCGCCCACAUGCCACCGCCGUACUUUGCUCUUCGACUUGUGGCAGCAAGCAGGGAUUCCCUCUGAUUUAUCAUAGAACAUCCGGAUUUAUUGCUGCGGUUUAUUGUUUAUCGAUUGAUCAAAAGCGUUUUCUCAACUCAAUUAUGAUAAUCCCUUUCCUGCUGGCCUUUUCCGUUUCGUCGUCGUUGCUUCUUCCCCUUACAAAUCUUCGAGUGUUGGGUCCUGGUUUGAAUCCUUCUUUCGCUCCGUACGGAACUAUGUCCAGUCAUUCUUUCUCCCGUUAAUUUGCUCUCUUUCAACACCAUUCUGUAUGCGUUUUCUCUGUUUUCUCUCGACCAUGUAAGAAUUAAUAUCCUAUCUAUCUAAUCAAGUUUUUAGGGUUCGUUUUCUUUGACCUGAAAAACAAAGAUAAGAUUGUUCUUGUUAUUCCUCGAGUUUUGGGGAUUUCCUUAGAAAUUAAAGCUGUCUAGGAGAGGGGGUAGAGGUUUUCAAUAUACAAGAAGAGCAGCAGUAUGCCCCAAGAUCAGUGGGGCUCCAAUCAGAGGAGCCGGCGAUUUUAUAGGUCUGCGGUUGAUAUGGACGAUCGUGGUUGGACUUUGCUUCACGUCUGUGCCCGAAAAGGUGAUAUCAAGCAGGUAAAGAGGCUCCUGGAUGAAGGAAUGAAUGUGAAUGUUGUUGCAAGGGGGCCCAAAUCACAAGGGGUGACCCCUCUUCAUCUUGCUGCUGAAGGUGGCCAUCUAAAAGUCAUGGAUGAAUUGCUUGAGCGGGGUGCUAACAUUGAUGCCCGGACUAAGGGUGUUUGCGGUUGGACUCCUCUUCAUAAAGCAGCGAAAGAAAGAAACAAGAAAGCAGUUAAGUUCCUGGUGGAAAAUGGGGCAUUUUUGCCAGAAGACAUGAACGACACGAGGUUCAAUCCACCACUCCAUUAUUGCACCGGUCUUGAAUGGGCUUACGAGGAGAUGAGGCGUCUCCAAGAAGAGAAAUCGUCAUCAGGCGAGGGGUCCUACAGUUCCGAGAGUUAAAAGAAUGAAUGACAUCUCAGCUCAGUUAAGCAUAUAUUGUCUUAACUCAGCAUGUGCAUACGCAAAGAGCAAUAAUAUGCUUCGAAUUUGUGAUAACGGACUUUUUAUGUGGUUACUUGAAUGUUCCUUGUUUGGCAUAGUAAAGUAUCUCUGGGGGGGGGGGGGGGUGGUUCAUCCUGUGCUCGUGGUGGUGUGGUAUUGGCCGGUGUAUCAUAAAAUAAAAGUCUAAAGGUUUUGUGUGUUUGUUGGCAUAUAUGUAUGUAAACCUCAGACCUGCUGAUUUGACAGGUGGUCACUACUUUGGAAGUGUGUUUCUGUGCAAUAUGUAUGUGUGGGGUUGUGAUGGAAAUAGACGUUCUUUUGCAUCAGCUAUUA